AUUGGAUGAGAUAUUCAAUGGUUCGAAAUUCAAAUGUGAUCGAAGAUAUUGUCGCUGGGGCAUGUACGAGAUUGUUGAAGAUGCAUCUUUAAAGGACUUUGGCGGUUUUAUGAAUCUAUGAAAUACUUUUUGAGUGACUUAAGCAAUCUUGUUUAAAUAUUAGUGACACUGUGAAACACUUAAAACGAUAUGCAAGGUUUUUAGGUACAAAUGAGCAUUGUAAACAAAGAUCCAUGUAUGUUUUUAAUCACUGUGUAUUUGAACACAUUUUUGAUUAACAACAUGCUCAUAUGCGUUAUGAAAUAUUGAAAAUAAUCAUGCAUUUCGAAUUUGUAAAGUGAUAUAUGGAGAGCGAAAUUUAGCCAUUCAACAGUCCAACCACGUUGUCAUUGAGCAGAGACUCUGAGAGAGAUGGUACUCAUUGGUACUGUAGUAUAAAAGAGAUUUGCAAUAAUGUCUAAUGGAUCUGGUUCAAAUGCUGAGAAUGUGAGGUUUAUGUCUAUCAGAUGCCCAAAGACGUCAGCUUUAUGUAAACAGUCCAAUGGCCACAGUGAGACAGAGUCCAGUACUUACGUUGUGAUCCUUAAUCAAGAUACAGAAAACCAAGCUACAAGUGGCAACUUAUCGCAUGCUUCUGCAAAACUGAGUCAAGGGGCAAGAGAUGCUAUUGAAAUCGGGAAGAGCAAAUCAAAAUCAAGAGUCAUAUUUUCGACUAAUGAUGAUUUGAAACUGAACUUGACUAAUGAAUUUGAUAGUUAUGACAGUUCUAGUUCUUCUCAAAAGGUUUUUCAAGAUGGAAUAGAAGAAGCAAAAGAUAAAGGACUUGGAGAGGCAGCCAAAAUAAUAAGACUGAAAAUACCACCCAGCUCUUUGCAGAAAGCAAUGCAGAUAAGUCGAAGGCUAAAUGCACAAAGACAUUUGUCUGGUACACCUGCCACACAGCUGAAUAUGUUGAAGGAGCACCAUUUGUCUGGUACACCUGCCACACAGGUGCAAGGAGACGCUUCAGACAGAUCAUCUUCUCUUAUGGAAUCAGGGUACUCAUCCGCCAACAGCAGUUGUUUUUCAAAGGAAUCUUUUCAGUUUGAAACCCCUAGUACUGUUCCACUGCCAGCAAGACAUGAGACAGCAAGAGAAAUUUUCCACAAGUCUUCUGCUGAGUCAUUGAAAGGGAAACUUAGUGAUACAGAUCCAUCACUUCUCACACCGUCACCAACAUCACCUCUCUCCCUAGGAUUACGCAAUGUUGCUGUUCAUCAAUCAUCAUUUUCAUCCUCGCCAAUAAGUGCACAAACUUCUCAGAAUUCACAAAGAACAUCUACUCCAAGAUCAGGAUAUGUUGUGGAAUCAGCAAAUGGACAGAGAUUCAUUUUACCUGUUGAUCCACAGCAAACUAAAGCUGUCUCUGUGUCCAAAUCUGAUUCUUACAUAAAUAUAAAACCACUUGAUAUGGCUCACUUUCUUCAGGGUUCAAGCUCAAACAACAAAGCUUUACAUGGUCGUUCAACAGACAACUCUGACACUGAAACUCAAAGUUACCCCAAAAAGAAUGCUCAGACAUAUGAAACCUCUGGAGAUUUAAGUUUUGUAAAUGGUGAUAAAGCCAAUGUGAAAUGUGUAUCAAAGAUUUCUCCAGAAGCACCUUUGACAUCUGAAGAGAUAGAAUCCACUUCUGCUUCAGUUUUUUUGCAAGAAAGGGUUGGAAAUGUUGUCUUAAACUAUGCAUUGAAAGAAAAUGACAAUGUAAUCAAAGUAGAAGUGGAGGAUAAAACAUUCCCAGAAGAAAUACCAGAUUCUCAAGAGUCAACGGAAAAGGACCCCCUUAACGACUCACUUACCAAUAUCCAGUGGUUGGGAGGGAUGCAGUUGAAAGAAGAUGGGAAACCACAGCCGCUAGCCACUCAAAACAAAAAAGACACUGCCAUACAAUGGAGGUGCCUUAGUCAUUCAGAGGUUCUAAAAAUCGCAAAAGAGUAUGGGAAAGCUAAGAGACCACCAUUUUCUUACAUGACCUUGAUACAGAUGGCCUUGAACAGCAGAGAGGAUAAGCGUAUGACUCUAAGAGAAAUUUGCAAGUGGAUUGAGGAAACCUUUCCUUUCUACAAGUACACAGCAAAACCUGGCUGGAAGAACUCCAUCAGACACAAUCUCUCCUUGUACAGUAUAUUUGAAAGAGAGAAGUCUAAGAAACAUGGAUCUUAUUGGACAAUUCGGGAAGACUGUCCUGAAAAAUUGAAAGUUGUUCCAUCCAAGGACAGAAAAGAUGUGCUAUCAUCCAUCUCAAGCUGUCUUCCUGUGUUUGUUCCACACCAAACACCUACGAUCCCCAAAGUGCCCAUCCCUCCACAUCACAGAAACAAUGCAGACAGCCAGAAGAGAAAUCUACAGCCCAUAUUACCACGACCGCAUUCCUUUAACUCACCCAUGCAAACUUUUGCUCUGAUCCCCAUUCAGAGUAUGAACCAGUCCCAGGGCGUGUCCAGUACUCCAGGACAACCCAUGUUGAUUCAGGUGCCAUCCCAAACUUCAACGCUGGCUCAAGACAUUAAAAACGAAUCAGACACACCUCCAAGUGUAGACAAAACUGACAAGAAGAAUAUAGAACACAACAAGAAGAAAGUAAUAACUAUUGCUCCGAAAUUUACCUCACCAAAUAUUGUAAAGCAAGCAUGGAUAAAUGCUCAAACGUUCAGUGACAAAGAGAGCAAAACUGAAACGAUGGACAAAAUAGAAGCAGAUUCUGACACAAGUGCCAAACGAAGAAAACAGAACAAUGGGCUACCUAAGCCCAAGAUCUACCCUCAAUCUAGUCCACAGAAAAAAAACAGGUCUCGGAGAAAACAAAAACUAGUUCCUAAAGAACGUGACUUGUUAAACGACAGCUCUGAUGACAAUACAGACGACGUAAAAGAAUUUAUAGAUAAACUUGAGAAAAAUUUAACUACCCCACUCAGGGCAAUUCUUGAUGGCGGCGACACUAAAAAAGUAGCCACAUCAACCCCUAUGAAGGAUGCCAGUGAUUCAACUGAGCUUCCUUCCCCUAUCAGGGGGAUCACACCCCUUAAAGGAGUCAGUUUGCUUGACUCCAGUUUUCUGGAUGGCUUCAAGGAUUUGGAAGAUGGUAAAAAUCCAUUUGGGUCACCAAAUUUUAUGCUGAAUAUGAAAAAAAUGUCCCCUUCACUUAUGCGUAGUCCAAAUGCCAUGCAGUUUGACAAUUUGUUCUCGGGACUAACGCCAAUAAAAGGAGAUUUGGACUCCAGUAACAAUGAAAACUUGUCAAGAAUAUUAAGUGAGUUUCCAAUAGAUGGAAUUGAAUCAGAAGAUGAAAUGUUGACCGGUAAUCUUUCAAAUAUGAAUUGGAGUGCUAUAUGUCAGAAUAUAAACUCAACACCAAAUGGAAAGAGUUAGAUAAUGACAUCAGGUGCUAUUACAUAUGGGUUCAUGAACCAUGUCAUAUUGUUUAUGUAUGUGAUAGAUUUUGCAUCCUUGCAUAUUCACGUUAAUGAAAAUCUCUGAUUUUGUGAAUCAUUUCAUUCAUCAAAUCUACUGUAUAAAAGUUGCAAUUCUCAGAAGUGCUUUUCUCAGACUCAAAAUUUUUUUAUUUUAUGUAAUGACGAAACAUAUUCCAUGUUUUCAUUUGUUGUGCAAUAUUACGUGUCUGCUGGGUGUAGUGUUCUUGUAAUGAUGAGGAAAUAGUCCAAUUCCAAUACGCCAGUUUCGAGAUACGAACUCUUCUGUAUAGGAGGUGUAUUUAGUGGAACUUUGAAUGCCUAAGUGGGACAGAGUGGAUAUACAGCCAACGAGAAAGACAAUGAAAUGUAUUAAAAGCGGCUUCUCUUUAAAUAUGUAAAUGUGGGAAAUACAAAAUGCUAUCGAAAGAAAUGUUUUACCGAAGUGGAAACAUACAAACAAUGUCAUAUUUGCAAGAAAUAUCUUGGAUAUGGUACUUAUGACCAAUGAAAUAACAUGAUAUGAUAAGAAUUCUAUGUAUCUAAUUACUCCUAAAUACUUAUCACUUACUUAGUGUAUCAGUGGAAUUCGGGUUAUCACACAGCGUAUGAGAAACUUACUGAGUACAUUCACUUACACUGUGAUGAAUAUCUGUCCCACUCCCGCGUGUAAACAAAUUCUUUCGCGCCUUACUAUCUAUGAGAGUUCUCAAAGGGAAAUAACUCGGACGUAUCUCGAAACCGGCGUAUUCUUAUUGCAUAAUUAAUGUGCUUUCUAAUACAUCUCUUUCAAUCUAUAUGUAGAUAUAUAAUAUGGCAUUUAUUAUAAUCUCCCUGUAAUUACAUGUACGCCAACAACAAAAAAAGAAUAGUUAGCAUAUUUUAUGCUGCAUGUUGUCAUAAGUGUAAGCAUUAAAGUUCAAGAGGUAUAUUAUUUUAUGAUAAUUUUGCUGGUGUGAGUUCAAAUUCCACUUGAAAUGUUUACUCCUCUCAAUUUCUCUUAAAAAUCAAAUCAAGCUUCGAAAAGCAAAAAACUAAUAUAACAUUGUCAAGACCACUCACAGGUACCCUAUCAUUAAUUUAGUUGUAUUGUUUCUCUAUAGUACGAUGGAGAUGUCAGACAUAAAGUUAAUCAAUUACUGCUUUAAAAAAGACACUGGUGUAUUAGGCCUCCUUGAUUAAUGUAAUUAUGGUCUUGAUAUGUGUGUAUGUGGAUGAAUUUAUAUACUGUAGUUUUUAUUAUAUCUAAACAUCAAGUAACUUGUUCCCUGAUAAAACCAAGGAGACCUGCUGUCACGCGACUGGUGUAUUUUUAGUUGCAGUAUAAUAGGGAAUAGUGGUAUUUAGACUGACCACCUGUGCAGAGUUCGAAUUUGAAAUGCCAAUGCAAUUUUAAAUCUCCUUAUUGUUUUAUGAAUAUGAAGACUACGAAAUCAUAACUUGUAUAUUUUACAAGUAAUAUAAUUUGUCUCCCUUGGAUAUAAUUCAACCCAUGUUGUACAAAUUGCUCAAUAUUUAUAAAUGCUUAGCAAAAUUGAUUUGCUCAUUGUGCCCUGUAUCCUAAUUUUUGUACAUGUGUACCUGUUUAUCUUAUACAGACAAGAGUUCGAGAAAUUUAACUUUUUUAUUUCAAAAAGUUUAAGCAUUCUGUGCUGGAAGAGAUCUUUUUUUACAGCAUAGUGGAAUUUCUCAAAUUGUGUAAUCGCUUCUUCAUAGGAGAAUUGUUGUGCGAGUAUGUUGUUAGUGAUAUUUGUUAUGAACUACAUGUUGAGCUGAAGAAACGUGAUAUAAAGAUUAAACACAUCAGAUCAGC